AUGAUGGACGAGUUAUACCUUCAACAACCACCCAAAAAGCAGCUUUUUUAUAAAGUCCUCUCCUUCACUCUUUCAAUAGCGGGUCUCUAUUGGUAUGAAUUGUGGGAUUACAAGUUUCCUAAAUUGGUGAAAUUCUUUCUUUGCAUCGUGCACUAUACGGUUAUUAUCUUCACCCCGAUUUGCGUUACAUUACAAAUGUUGUAUAUUUACACCCGUUGGAACAACAUUGCCUUUUCCACUCAUGGUACUAUAUUUACCAUUGUACCCAUAACGUUUUUGAUAUUGACAAAAGUAUUGUCAGCUCAAAAGGAAUCUUACAGACGCUUGAUGAAAACAUUUUUGCAAGAAAUUCACUUGUGCAAUUUCGGUUCAAAUUCUUACAUGAAACAAAGGGCUGUGGAGGUCGAAAAAUAUUCAAGAUAUCUAGCAACUUUCUUCUUUGUGUUCCUCGUCGUAGAUUGGGCUCUGUGGACGAUUGUGCCCAUAGUCUUCAACUUGAAGAACAGCAAAGCUAUAGAAAAUAAGGAAAUACCAUUAAAAACCUGCUUUUAUAUGUGGUUACCAUUUGAUUACGAACACGAGUAUAAAUAUUGGGUCAUUACUCAUAUUGCAAAUUCCACACUCAUCGCUCUUGGUUGUAUUGUAGUCACUUCUUAUGAUACAAUAAACUAUUCUAUCGUUUUUCAUCUAAUUGGCCAUAUUAAGUCUUUAAAGCAUUUAAUCAAGACAAAUAUAUCUCAAAAUUUGAGUGAUGAUGAGACGAAACGCGGGCUUGUUGAAGUAAUUAGAUAUCAUUGUUUUGUAUUAAAAAUUUUCGGUGAAAUAGAAAGAGCAUUUGGCAUAAAUGUUACUGGGAACUAUUUAUACAAUUUGAUUGCCGAUAGUCUGUUGCUAUAUCAUUUGAUGCUUGGAGAUAAGGAAAAUAAGCUGAUGUACGGUGUGAUGCUGCUAGUCUUCAUGGGCGGACUUAUUGUUAUGACUUUAAUUUUGGAAGAAGUACGUAGACAGACCUUUGAUAUUCCACAAACCGUAUACGACAUGCCAUGGGAGAAAAUGUCUGUAUCUAACCAGAAGAUAGUAGUAAUUAUGCUUGCUCGAACUCAACCCACGCUCGAAUAUAAAAGCGCCGGAGGUUUAAAAGCAGGAGUUAAUCCUACUAUACAAAUUAUAAAAUCUACGUUCUCAUACUACGUGAUGUUAAAAUCAAGCUUGUAAAUUACAACGAGCUAGCUGCAUAGUAAUUCGCAGAUUUCACGAAACUUGUUACCGUUCGUUCUACAGAAA